UAUUACUACUUGUUCUGUUACAGAAUGUGCGCACUUGCUUUUGGCCCACAAUGCUCCAGUAAAGGUGAAAAAUGCUCAGGGAUGGAGUCCUCUUGCAGAAGCCAUCAGCUAUGGAGACAGACAAAUGAUUACAGCACUCCUAAGGAAGCUGAAACAGCAGUCCAGGGAAAGUGUUGAAGAAAAGCGACCUCGAUUAUUAAAAGCCCUGAAAGAGCUAGGUGACUUCUAUCUUGAACUUCACUGGGAUUUUCAAAGUUGGGUGCCUUUACUUUCCCGAAUUCUGCCUUCCGAUGCGUGUAAAAUAUACAAACAAGGUAUAAAUAUCAGGCUUGACACAACUCUCAUAGACUUUACUGACAUGAAGUGCCAACGAGGGGAUUUAAGCUUCAUUUUCAAUGGUGAUGCAGCACCCUCUGAAUCUUUUGUAGUUUUAGACAAUGAACAAAAAGUUUAUCAGCGAAUACAUCAUGAGGAAUCUGAGAUGGAAACGGAGGAAGAAGUUGACAUUUUAAUGAGCAGUGAUAUUUAUUCAGCAACAUUAUCAACCAAAUCAAUUACCUUCACGCGUGCCCAAACAGGAUGGCUUUUCAGAGAAGACAAAACAGAAAGAGUAGGAAACUUCUUGGCAGACUUCUACUUGGUCAAUGGACUUGUUUUAGAAUCUAGGAAAAGAAGAGAACAUCUCAGUGAGGAAGAUAUUCUUCGAAAUAAGGCCAUCAUGGAAAGCCUGAGUAAAGGUGGUAACUUGAUGGAACAAAAUUUUGAGCCUGUCAGACGACAGUCCCUUACUCCACCUCCACCCAACACAAUUAUGUGGGAAGAAUACAUAUCUGCUGAAAAUGGAAAAGCUCCUCACCUGGGUAGAGAGCUGGUCUGCAAAGAAAGCAAGAAAACAUUUAAAGCCACAAUAGCCAUGAGCCAGGAAUUUCCCUUGGGAAUUGAAUCAUUAUUGAAUGUUUUAGAAGUAAUUGCACCCUUCAAGCACUUUAACAAACUUAGAGAAUUUGUUCAGAUGAAGCUUCCACCAGGCUUUCCUGUAAAGCUAGACAUACCUGUGUUUCCCACCAUCACGGCCACUGUGACGUUUCAGGAAUUUCGCUAUGAUGAGUUUGACGAAUCCAUCUUCACUAUUCCUGAUGACUAUAAGGAGGACCCCAGCCGUUUUCCUGAUCUCUAAUUUAACUGGAAAGUUAAUAACAAUACCAGCGUACCACAGUGAAAGCAAAUGGAUGCAAAUAGCCCACAGAUAUAGUUAUAGAAGUGGGUCAAAAUGGAAGGGAUAAACUUUUUUUAAAUGAUCCAGAAGAAAAGGGAACACACACAUGACUGAUGUACUGAAAUUCACUAUAAUGGGCAUCUAAUCUAGUAUCUGAAUUACAGCAAAUCUCCUGAUGUGUCAUUUACACUUUUAUACAUACAGUGCUGCGAGCGAGAUAGUUUGACACCUCAGUGACUCUAAGGAUACUUUAACAGCUGUGAGGACUGUCAUUUGUUUAUAAAUUUUUUACAUUUGUUCUUGGUGAUACAAAAAGUACUCUUGGACCAUUAGCGCAAAAACUGAAAUGUCUUAGCUGGAUAUUAGCCCUUUAAACAUCCCACCUUACACAAGGUGACCUUAUAAUAUUCUUUCAAGCUGUUUUCAUAAAUUGUAAACUAUGUAACAUUAUGUAUAGUUCAGUAAUUGAAUGUUAGUUAAACGUAUAUUAGAAGGAAUGCAUUUUCUGUAGAUGAAUGAACCAAAUGGUAACCAUUACACAAUUGCAUUUACACAUUGCAAUACACUUCAGAAAUAGCAUUCACUCUGCAGGGAAUAAGGUACCUCCUUUAGCACCUUAGUGCAAUCCAUUGUGGUGCUAUUCAUGUUUUUAUCUGAACUGUUAUUUUUUUCACUGCAAGUUUACUAAUUUUCCUUUCAAAGAAUUUACAAAUACUCUCUUCCCCCACCCCCCUCACCUCCCUGCUAGUUUAAAAAUCCUUGCUGUGUUCAUGAUAUGGUGUUGAUUAGCAUGCUUGGGGAUUCUUUAUCUACCUAGAAAUUGCAUCACUUGCAUUAUUUUCCUCUUGGUUAGGAGACUUGCCCCAUAAUCGCUGCACAUCAACCAGGCUCUUUUAUAUUGAUGUGGAGCAGCACACUGGAACAUAUUGGCUGCAUCAAGACACAAUCUCAGACAUUAGAGAGGUUAAGUGAAAUAAAACUUAUAUCUUGAAAACCUAGUGUAAUUGUAGGGCACAUUUAAUAGGACUCACAAUGGAAAAAUGUGCACUUUUCCAAUACUUAGGGUGUAACUUCAGUUUCUUCCUCUUGCCAUAUAAUGGAGUAUGUUUAUUUCUUAAAAUAGGCUUUAAAAUCAGGAAUUGUUUUGGCUUCUUUAACUUAUUCAUUCCACGGUCCUAAAUUUGAGGGUAAUCUAGUUUUGUUUUGCUAGAAAGAAUGUGUGAAGCUGGUUGUUAGUGCUAAUUGUUUGUAUGAGAUUUAGCUUCAAGUGCUGUGUGUCCAGAAAUGUAAAUUUUCAAAAUUGUUUUGUGCACCCCAGCUAAACUACUUUUUCUAGAAACCCAUACAGUAAAUGUUAAACUUGAAUAUCUAUAAUGAACCAUCAAUGCUUAGUAAAGGUAACCAAUCUUACUAAUCAGGUGGAUGAUGAAAUCAGACAGCUAAAUCAUGAUACAGUAAAAGCAGACUUGUCAGCCACAUUGGUUUUAUUGGGAAAUGGUUAAAGUAGAAUUUUUUCAAAGGGCGUUGGCCCAGUCUGUAUAAAAGGCUGCCCUUAAGUUACAGUAUCCACAGUUGAAGGAGUCCUAUCCCCUCACCCACAAUAGCAGUUGACUAAAUGGACUGACAGGAGGAAAUAAGGAUGGUUGCUCCAUUCCAGUAGUAUUUUAAACCUGUGAAAGGUUAACACUUGCCUAUCUACAUUGCAGAGUGGUGACUGAUACGCUAGAGAGAAAUUGAUCAGUUCUGAAUGACAAUAAAAAGCACUAGUGAAUUGUAAAAUUGUUGUAGUUAUUCCCAAAGUACAUAACCAAUCACAGAUGUUGAACAUUUAGUAGGAGUGAUGAGUUGUUCUUCCAGCUCAUUAUGAGUCCCUCAGGUUUGACAUCGAUUACAUGAAUUGGUACCUACCUUGCAUCCUCCUUUGGCAUCAGCUGAAAUCCUUAGCAAUAAGUGAGACAGAAUUAUGUGGACGGAGACAGAAUUAUCUUGUCUGCUCUGUAGGUCAAGGUUAAGCUUCCGUAGGGCCCAUUGUAGGAACUUACAAUGCUACCCUAGCUAUAACUGUUCUAAGGAUAAAUGGUGAGAGUGCUGUCA